AUGGCAGGUCUCACAUUUGAUGCAUCAGCAAAGCUCAAGGUGGCAGGAAAUGAUAAGUUCAAAACUAGCCAGUAUAUCAUGUGUGAUCUGUACGGUAUGGCUUCUACUACAAUGUAUAACCAUGCUUUAAUAUGUACUAUGCACUAUGUCAUCAUCAAUUGGGUUCUCGAUGGGCUGAUGACACAUCAAGCCGAUGUAACUAUGAAAAAGGUACCGGUACCAUCAGCCGCAGAUAUAACCUAUGACAAGGGCUAA